CGGAAGUGUACUUUGCAUUUUCUGAGUAUGCUAUGGCAAUGGGUGCCGUCUGACAUCUUCCCCUUCCAGCCCGGCUUCGUAUGAAGCCUGCAACAUGGAACCUACCAGAGGCUAUCCCACCUUUUCUGUUUAUGCAAGAAUAAGAUUUUACUAGCGUUUCCGUUAAUUGACAGGGUGGGUUCACUUCUCUCUGUGAUAUAGUUAUCACCGACUUAGUGCCACUAAGAUAUCGAGGACAUUAUUACGGGAUUCUUGCUGCCAUGUGGAGCAUACGUUCCGUCCUUGGGCCCGUUUUGGGGGCGCUUUCUCGCAAUCGGUGACGUGGCGCUGGAUAUUCUACAUUAACUUCCCAUUUGGAGUUGUUGGGUUCUUUCUCGUUUUUUUCUUUUUGAAGAUGGAAAGUCUCCCCACUUCACUGGUAGGAAAGCUACAACAGAUCGAUUACAUCGGUAUAACUCUACUGGUCGGAGGUCUCGCCGCUUUUCUGGCGCCCCUUACCUGGGGGGUGGGGGGGGGCAUAUACACCUGGAAUUCCUGGCAUACAAUUUGCCCUAUUGUCAUAGGGGGAAUGGGUCUACUGGCCUUCGGUGUUUACGAGCACCGCUUUGCGCGCUAUCCCACUAUUCCCCUUACUAUAUUCCAAAACCGCACAGUCAUGGUAUCUUACGCAGGAACCGUCAUGCAUGGACUUGUUCUAUGGUGUCUCCUCUAUUACCUGCCGUUGUACUAUGAGGCAGUCAAAGAAUACUCUCCCAUAAUGUCUGGAGUGGCGUUCUUCCCUGAAAGCUUUACUGUAGCACCGAGUGCUAUGGUCACUGGCAUUAUCAUUACUUAUACUGGCAGUUACUGGUGGGCUAUCUGGUUAGGAUGGACUAUAUCAACACUUGGCAUUGGGCUACUCUGUUACAUGAAGGUAGGGAGCAGCAUUCCUGCGUGGGUUUUCUUAAAUAUCGUCCCAGGGCUGGGACUCGGGCUCCUUUUCCCGGCAUUGUGCUUUGCCGUCCAGGCCUCUUCAACAGUUGAGAACAUGGCAAUAGCAACUGCUAUGUUUAGUUUCUCCCGAGCAUUGGGGAACACCAUUGGCGUCGCCGUUGGGGGCGUCAUUUUUCAGAAUAGCAUGCGCCGGGGAUUGCAGGCCAAGGCACCUCUGGCUCUGAUGGCAGAGGAAUACAGCCAGGAUGCUGCACGAAUGGUCGGGGUGAUUAAGCAGAUGCCUGCCGACUUAGGCUGGAAGAAGGAACUUUUGAAAGAGGCGUAUACUGACAGUGUACGUAUGAUAUGGGCGGUCUGCUGCGGUAUUACCGGAGUUGGCCUAUUGUCAAGUCUAUUAACAGAGGGUCGUGCUUUAAACCAACCUUUAGAAGGGAACCAGCAGCUGA